GAAGUGGACCCAGACAUCUCUCAAAGGGCUGUAGGACCAAGUGUGUCUUCUCUCUCUCUAUCAGGAGGCAUUUCAAGAUGGCAAUUGCCUAUUGCUAUUAUUUUUCCUUGCCCUGAGCCCUUCAUUCUCACAGUGAGAACUGAGCUUUCUUCUUUCCCAGCAUGCUUCAGCUCCCUUCUUCCUCGCCAGGGUAGUAGGUCAAUGGAAUUGCUUCAUUUUGAGUGGAGGAACAAAGGGUCAUGACUUGUGCAGUCACCGAUGAAGCUGGCAUGUCUCCAAUAGGGCUCCUGUCUCCAGCCUGGACACCAUGAAUCAUGCCACCAUGUCUCAACCCUGGGGCUACCCUGGCCCCAGUGAAUGGGGGUGCUGGAGUUCCCUGGGGGUGCUGGGAGAGGGCUGGGAGCUUGGAGAGCAGGUGCCUCUGGACUGUCCCCUCUGCAGGCCUCCAGGACCAUGUGGUACGUCAGCACCCGGGGAGUGGCCCCACCGGUCGACUUUGAGGGGGCCCUCUUCUCUGGCUAUGCACCUGACGGGGGCCUCUUCGUGCCCGAGGAGCUCCCACAGCUGGACAGAGAGACCUUGCGUCAGUGGAGCACGCUGUCCUACCCCGGCCUGGUGAAGGAGCUGUGUUCCCUCUUCAUUGGCCCUGAGCUCAUUCCGAGAGGUGACUUAGAUGGUCUGAUCGACCGGGCCUUCAGCAGAUUCCGCCACAGAGAGGUGGUCCAUCUGUCCAGGUUGAGGGACGGGCUGAACGUGUUGGAGCUGUGGCACGGGCCCACCUAUGCAUUUAAGGACCUGUCCCUGAGCUGCACGGCGCAGUUCCUGCAGUACUUCCUGGAGAAGCGAGAGAAGCACGUCACCGUGGUUGUAGGGAGAGGUCUCCUUCCUUCUCAUCCAGGAACUUCUGGGGACACAGGGAGUGCUGCCAUUGAGAGUGUUCAAGGGGCAAAGAAUGUGGACAUCAUCGUUUUGCUGCCCAAAGGUCACUGCUCGAAGAUUCAGGAGCUCCAGAUGACAACGGUGCUGAACGACAACGUCCAUGUGUUUGGAGUGGAGGGCAACAGUGAUGAGCUGGAUGAACCCAUCAAGGCCGUGUUUGCAGAUGUGGCUUUUGUCCAGAAGCACAGUCUGAUGAGCCUGAAUUCAAUCAACUGGUCCCGGGUCCUCGUGCAAAUCGCCCACCACUUCUUUGCUUACUUCCGAUGUGCGCCAUCCUUGGACACAGCCCCCCUGCCCCCUGUGGAGGUGAUUGUGCCAACUGGGGCUGCUGGUAACCUGGCAGCUGGGUGCAUCGCGCAGAAUAUGGGCCUGCCCAUCCGCCUGGUGGCGGCAGUGAACCGCAAUGACAUCAUCCACAGGACCCUCCAGCAGGGGGACUUUUCUCUGUCCGAGGCCGUCCAACCAACCUGGGCAUCGGCUAUGGACAUCCAGGUACCCUACAACAUGGAGAGAAUCUUCUGGCUGCUCUCUGGCUCCGACAGCCAGGGGACCAGGACACUCAUGGAGCAGUUUGAAAUAACUCAGGGUCUGCGUCUGCCCAAGGAACUGCACGAAAAGCUUUCAGGGGCAGUGACGUCCGAGUCGGUGUCGGAUGAGACCAUCACCCAGACCAUGAUCCGCUGCUGGGACGAGAACCGGUACGUGCUGUGCCCUCACUCGGCCGUGGCCGUGAGUCACCAUUACCAGCAGCAGCCCAGCCUCCCACCUGCCCUCUCCCACUCACCCCAGUGCACGCCCCGGUGCUGCCUGGCCCCGGCCUCUGCUGCCAAGUUCUCAGAAGCUGUGCAGGCAGCCGGGCUGCCCCUGGAGGCUCCUGCGGAGAUCCUGGCCCUAGAGCACAAGGAGACACGCUGCACCCCGAUGCCGAGAGGCGAAGACUGGGCACUCAUGCUUCGGAACACCAUCGAGGCUCUGAGCCGGCGGUGGAAGGAGCGUGCCCUCCGUCCCUCGUAGGCUGCAGCUCCUGGGGAGGUGUGCCCUUGGAGCUGCCCUGUGCACCUCUCCCACGCGGAGCUGGUGUCGGAGGGUCUCAGGAGGCUCUCAGCAGGGUCUGGGGCCUGCCUCUGACCUGGGUCAUUUGGAUUUUCUGUUCCCUGGCUGCUCUGUGCUCGGAGGGUGCUGUGCCCGGAGGCUGGGUGAGGGGGUGUGGAUGACUGCUGCAAGGGCCUCCCCACUGCUCCGUGUGAAAGCUGCAGGUCCUGCAAGUGAAGAGCCUUGAGCACCUGGUCAACCUUGGCUCCAGGGAUUCGGGGUCCGAGCCCCUAAACUUGUGAAGGUGGGGGCCACUCACCAACUUAACACAGGCCCGGGGCUCAGAGUCUCAGCCUUAGUUUAUCUGCCCAUACCAGAUCCAAAGGUCUUGGCCUGCCUUGUUGGAGGCUCCUAUGGUAAAAAUCUUGGGAAUGCCUGGAAUAAAAGUGCUUUUCCUUGUGAUGGUGGCUUUGCAAGUCCUGUGAGCAGGUUUCUUCCCAGCUGUCUCCUGCCCAGAAAUCUUAAGCCUUGUGGACCUUAAAAGUACACCCCGUUUUGAAAUAACUGUGCAAGGCCAGCCCUGACUUUUACGUCUGGUUGUGCUACUUUCCUAUAUGUACCAGGACUCGGCAAGGACCGGACCCCCUGGCUCUGCCUUCAGGAAUGGCAAAGAAGACCUGGGAGGGCACAGGGUGGUGUUUCUUAAAUAGACUAAACACUCCUCUGCCGUUCUCCUGGUUAGGGGAGAGUGGCAAUUUCUCCAACCAAGCUAGGUUCAAAUGAUCAUACGUUCCAAUUCAGGGGACUUGAAUUUGUUUGACUGAAGAUCGAACGCAGACUGAAUUAAAUUAAUCUUAAGCAGC